UGAGGACCCAUCUUCCUCACCUGUCAAUUUCUCUCCCCACGGAAGGAGCUCCUCUCUCUCUCUCUCUCCCCUCCCUCCCUCUCAACCGGGGAUUCGUUUAUCUAUGUCAUUUUUGCGUUGUGUAGUGCUUGGCUUGCAUGCUGAUUGUUGCUGCUCCGAUUCGUUACCCAAAGUGGACCUUCCUGUUCUUGUUCUUGGCUCCGGAACUGAGCCAUGGCGGCCAAGAAGGCUUGCGAGUCCUUUUCCAAGGGGUUGAUCGAGGACGUUCACAGAUGGGGUUGUCUCAAGCAGACGGGGGUGAGCUUGAGGUACAUGAUGGAAUUUGGGUCCAAACCUACUAUUAAGAAUUUGCUGAUUUCCGCUCAGUUCCUUCACAAGGAACUUCCCAUUAGGAUCGCUAGAAGAGCUAUUGAGCUCGAGAGGCUUCCAUAUGGAUUAUCUCAAAAGCCUGCCGUCUUGAAGGUUCGAGAUUGGUACUUAGAUUCCUUCCGUGAUGUUAGAUCUUUUCCUGAGAUCAAGAAUAUGAAUGAUGAGAAAGAAUUCACUGAAAUGAUAAAGGCCAUCAAGGUGAGACACAACAAUGUGGUACCCGCGAUGGCAUUGGGUGUUCAACAGUUAAAGAAAGGUAUGGAUCCAAAGAUAGUUUAUGAAGAUCUUGAUGAUAUUCAGCAGUUCCUUGAUCGGUUCUACAUGUCAAGAAUUGGAAUCCGUAUGCUUAUUGGGCAGCAUGUUGAGUUGCACAAUCCCAAUCCUCCUCCUCAUGUUGUAGGUUAUAUACAUACAAAAAUGUCUCCAAUGGAGGUGGCAAGGACUGCUAGUGAAGAUGCUCGUGCUAUAUGUUAUCGUGAAUAUGGCAGUGCUCCUGAUGUUCAGAUAUAUGGGGAUCCUGAUUUUACUUUUCCGUAUGUUCCUGCUCAUUUGCAUCUAAUGGUAUUUGAGUUGGUUAAGAACUCACUGCGUGCUGUCCAAGAGCGAUUUAUGGAUUCUGACAAAGUUGCACCUCCCAUCAGAAUAAUAGUUGCUGAUGGGGAAGAGGAUGUCACCAUAAAGGUUUCAGAUGAGGGAGGGGGAAUUCCAAGAAGCGGUCUUCCAAAAAUUUUUACUUAUCUCUACAGUACUGCUAGAAACCCAUUGGAUGAGCAUUCAGAUAUUGGAACAGCUAAUGCGGUGACAAUGGCUGGAUAUGGAUAUGGACUUCCAAUUAGCCGCUUGUAUGCUCGGUACUUCGGUGGUGAUCUUCAAAUAAUCUCUAUGGAAGGAUACGGGACUGAUGCAUAUCUCCAUUUGUCUCGUCUGGGAGAUUCUCAAGAACCUUUGCCGUGAAAGUAACACUAAGCUGGGUCCUCCUGACUCCAAGUUACCUGAAGUUACUGGGGCAAGCGCUGUGCAGUGAAAAAAGUGACUAAAUAAAAUAACAGAUUUACUGUCAUUUUUCCAUUCUACUAAUUGGUAGUUUCUUUUGUAGAUAUGCCACAAUAUGAUCCUCGAAGAUUAUGCCUUAGAAAUGAUUGUCUAGUUUUUGGCAUCUUGCCCAAUCUCGUUCCUACACGCUCCUUGUCCUCAAACUUGUAUUAUUCCGCCCCUGUUGGAAAUGGAAUUUCUGUCGUAUUUGACGUUGAUAAAAGGAUUUUAUUACUAGGAUA